ACAGGGUUGUUGUGAGAGUAUGUGUAGAAUCCGCAGCACUGACACAAAGUAAGGACCGAGAGGAGACAUGACGGUGGACACAAGAGUCAGCGAGACGAGUGGAGCUGCCUUGACAGGCAGCAACGGCAGUAGACAAGAGGGCCCUGGAGGACUGUGGGACUCUGUGAAGAAAGCUGCGGUUGUCAUCGGAUCUGGAAUCUUGUUCUUGGCCGCAUUCGGCAACUCGCUGACAUGGCAUCUUCAAAGAUUCUGGGGAGCUUCUGGAGAUUUCUGGCAGGACCUGUGGACAAAGCUGUGUGUGAUGUUUGAGGGUCAUGAAACUGCUUUGUUCUACUUAGGCACAAUGUUGGUCCCUACUCUGGCGUUCUGGGUAACAAAUGGUCUGCUGCUGCUUGUGGACAUCACUGGUAAACCCUACUUCAUCACACGCUACCGCAUCCAGAUGGACAAGAAUAACCCGGUGGAUCCAGCUAAGCUUCGCCAUGCGCUGAAGACUGUCAUCUUCAAUGAGAUUUUCAUCUCGGGGCCCAUGGUUGUGGCAGCUUACCACCUGAUGACCUUGAGAGGGAACCCCUGUGACCCUGAGCUGCCAACCUUCCACUGGGCCCUGACGGAGCUGGCUUUCUUUGCUUUCGUUGAGGAAAUUAUGUUUUACUAUUCACACAGGCUAUUCCACCAUCCCAGCCUCUACAAGCACUUCCACAAACAGCACCACGAGUGGACCGCUCCUAUUGGAGUUGUCUCCAUCUACGCUCAUCCUCUGGAGCAUGUGAUCUCCAACAUGCUGCCGGUGGCAAUCGGACCAGUGAUCCUGGGCUCUCACCUGACCACCACCUGCCUGUGGUAUUGCCUGGCUCUGGUAAGCACCACCAUUUCCCACUGUGGAUACCACCUCCCCUUCCUGCCAUCCCCUGAGUUCCACGACUUCCAUCACCUCAGGUUCAAUCAGUGUUUUGGGGUUUUCGGUGUGCUGGAUCGGCUCCAUGGCACUGACAGCAAAUUCAGGCAGACCAAGCAGUAUGAACGCCACACCCUGCUCACUAGCCUCACCCCUCUGAAUGAGAGCAUCCCCGACACACCCAAGAAGGGCCAUUGAUGACCUGUGACCCCUGACCUUUAACCUCAAGCCUCGUCAUGCUUGGGAUAUUGGUAGAUAAGUCUCUCAAUCUUAAAUGCGAAAAAACUCUUGUAUUUUGAUUAUUUUAAUCCAGAAAAGCUGUUGAUCAGUUCCAGGCUGUGAAUGUCUGCCCACCCUCUGUAGCCACCAACCUCAAUUAUUAUUUUUUUUAAGUAGAAAGAUUGCACUUUAUUAGACAUGCAAAUUUCAUGCAUUUUCUUCACUUAUUUUUCCUCCAGAGCUUCAAUGUCAGUUGAGUCUAUUUUAAUUGAAUGCACAUUAAUCUUGCAUUAUUCUUCUAGACACAUUUCCUAUUUUAGUAGCAGCAUUUACAUCUCACCAGUCCAGAAUUUUCUGCUAUGUUCACUGCUCAGAGUAGACAGAUAAUAUGCACUUUUCAUUUCCAUUGCAUUUAAACAUACUGUUAAAUGUAAAAUGUAUUUUGUAUUACAGGAGGUGUCAGUAAUGGUUGUAUAAUAAGACAUGAAAGUCUAAAAAAGACCUCCUAGUGUGAUUGAUACCACAUUUAAUUUCAAUUGGACUGUUAAAUAUUAAAAUAUUCAAAGAAAA